AUGCCUGCCAUAAGCAAGACCCUACGCGCGCGCGUCAUUGCCGUCGUAGAAGACCUCUUCGCCGCGAUGUUCAUUAUCAUCGUCGGAUCUUGCCUCAGCUUCUACCAUCUUAUCGCCGCUAGCAACACUAUUAAAAGCAGCAGGGCCACUGCCCGCACUAUUAACGGUAGCAACACCAGAAGCAGCAGCGCCAAUACAGGCAGCAGCACCAUCACAAGCAGCAGCAACAACUUUAGCAGCAACAGCCAGAGCACCAGCAAUAGUAAUGGCAACAACAGCCAGAGCACUACAAGUAGUAGUGGCAACAGCAACAACAUCAAGCCUACGGGCAAAAAAGUUCGGUUUGCUCUCGAAGAGAGGGUGAAAUUGGGAAAGGCGGCGAGGAUGGGUGAAAGCCAGUGGAAUAUGAUCAGGAGGAGAGACCGCCGGGAGGGGGCGAUGUUCGCGAUCAGAGUACCACAAGUCGAGUAA